CUCGGAUUUGCUCGUCCUUACGAAAAGAAUCUGCACAGAAGAAGCACAACAAACGACUGCUUGCCAGAAAAAUGAGAAAAACAACCCCCCUGUCACAAUUGAAGUCUGUCUAAUAAAGCUGUUCCAACCAGGUAGGGACUUGUUUUACCACCGAGAGUCUCAGCCAUUAGAUAAAGGCAGCGUUAAUGAUGGAAGCCCCGCUGGAAGACGAGACUCAUGCCGGUGCCUUAGCGGGGAUUGAAGGAAGCGACCACGGAGAGGUGUUGAAAGCCUCCGAAGAGGCUAUAGCAUUCAUGUCCAGCAUUGACCCUGCAGAGCUGCAGAAGUGUGUUUUUCCAGACUCUCUGGUGACUGUGUCAGAGGGCGGCCGAGAGCUGGGGAAGUUCAAUGUGACAGUGGAGUUUGCCCGCAGAGUCCAGCAGCCCUGUCUGCUGCUUCAUGCACAGAGCCAGGGAGCCAUUGAUGACUCCCCCUGCGGAACAACAGUGACAGCCUAUUUAACCACUGAGCUCGAGGUGUUGGAGGAAGAUUACCAUGAGUAUGUCAAGCUUGAGGGCCACAGUUUGGACAAGAGGUGUCACAUGGUGCAGCGUGAUGGGCAGAUGGUGAUCGAUAAAGUUACCACUGUAGGAGAGGAGGUGACAAAGGAGAGCUUUUCGUAUCCCAUGUCUGUCCUCAGAGGGCUGGUAACAGAGGGAGCAAACGUGCUGCUGAUGCGCCUGAUUGUUCUUAGGAAAAAAAUGCCAGAGCACAUGACUUUCAUCUCUUUCGACCAGGGAUUACAAAUCAUACAAACCACUUUUAGGGAGCUGGGUCUGAUGCAGCUGGAGGUUGGGGAUGAGACGGUCGAGGUAUUUGGGGUGGAGAGGACUGUUCACUCUGUGGAGGACAGCCCAAGUACCUGGCAGUGCUACUUCCUGGCUGAUGGGCACUUGGCCAGCAGAGUGCAGGUGGGAUCACCUGUCACCAUGAGGCUUCUUCAGCUGCCAUCACAGCUAGAAAAAGGUUUUGAGAAGAUCCCCCUGGUUUGGGAAGAAGACAUGCAGAUGCGAUCUAAGUUCUUGGACAGAAAGGAGGAGCUGAAGGCGGACCACGCCUCGUACCUGAGACAGCAUCCAGAGAUCCGGGCCCUCAUUUCCGACUUCCUGCAGUUCUUGCUGCUGAGGAAACCAGAUGAUGUCUUCCAAUUUGCCAGAGACUACUUUCUCCCUUUUGCCUCCCGCCAUCCUCCAGAACCCAGCCUGAAAGCCCCCUGACUCUGAAAGCACACCUGGGCACAUUUAUCAUUUUAACUUGAGAUGACAUUUUUAAAUUACAUUUUUUACGCUCUAACUUUAAAACCUUAGCUGUAUGAUCUUGCUAUAAAACUUUAUCUGAAUAAAGUGGUUUGUUUCAA